AUGGCCGCCGAGGUGCUAACGACACUAAUCCUUUUCGCUAAGCGAAAGAACGGAGCAAAUACGAUGGGGCGUUGCCUCAUGGAUAUGAAUGAAUCGUUGCAGGUCCGCAAUGGAACAUCGCCGCAGGGGAACUGGAGAGGAGCUCAAGAAUGGAGCAGUUAUGAUGACGGCGAUUCCCGUAAGUGUUUAAAUCCUCCGGAUCCAAUAGAGGCAUUUCUUGAGAAUGCCGGUGGUGGGAGACCGUCAAUAGAGUUGGCGCGCAUGGCCAUUCAGUGUACUAAACGUAUGCAGACGCAGUUGCCACCACCUGAAAUUGGUGGCAACUGCGUCUUCCAAGACUUUAUGGAAGAAUUUCAGUUGGGGUUUGACGGUGAAACAGACAGAACGAAGAUAUUUGUAAGCCAUUCUGUC